UAAAAGGUGGCCCGGACUGAAAAUUCCCAGCAUGCACUCGGCUCCACCAGUUUCCCGAGAGCGCCCUAGCAGGUAAAGGAGGUCAACGAGUUCCCUGACUUCCGGUAUUCGCGGUGCACGACGGGAAUGCGAGUAGUGCUAUUGGCCGGCGCCUGCCCCGCUUUUCGGCGAGCGAGGCGGGCAGGAAGCGAUAGCAGCGGCCGAGAAAGCUUGGCGGGGCAAGCGGCUUCUCCUGUUUCUCCCUUCAGAAAGAUGAAGACUAGCUGGCUCUGUUGUGUACAAGAAAACCUGACAAGUGAUGAAAUGCAGAUGCUGAGUCAGGCAAACCAGUUAGCCAUGGAAGCUGAAGAGACGAUGGAAUGUAUUCAGGAAUUUCCAGAACAUUACAAAGUAAUCUUGGAUAGACUGAAUGAACAGCGGGAGCAGGAACAGUUCACAGACAUCACUCUGAUUGUGGAUGGUCACCAUUUUAAAGCUCAUAAAGCUGUUCUUGCUGCUUGCAGCCAGUUUUUCUACAAAUUCUUCCAAGACUUCACUCAGGAACCUCUAGUAGAGAUAGAAGGCGUAAGUAACAUGGCAUUUCGUCACUUAAUUGAGUUCACAUACACAGCUAAGCUAAUGAUCCAGGGGGAAGAAGAAGCGAACGAUGUCUGGAAAGCAGCCGAGUAUCUUCAGAUGUUAGAAGCCAUCAAAGCUCUUGAAAUCAGGAACAAAGAAAAUACAUCAUCACUUGAAUCAAAUCAGGCACAAGAUAAAAGUAACACCAAAAAGAGGAAGAUAGCAGAGACCUCCAAUGUUAUUACAGAAACACUGCCCUGUGCAGAAUCUGAGCCUGUUGAAAUUGAGGUAGAAAUUGCAGAAGGAGCUAUUGACGUGGAUGAAAACAACAUUGAAGCGCUCGAUGAGGUAGCUUCUGCUGAACAGUCCAUAAAGUAUAUACAGACUACAGGUACAUCGGAUGACUCUGCUUUGGCUCUUCUGGCAGAUAUCACUAGCAAGUUCCGCCAUGGAGAGAGAAAAAAUGAAAUUCAGGAGGAGUGUGACAGCAUAUCUGAUCCAACAGGCAAACAAGUGGAAGGCAUUGAGAUCAUGGAACUUCAACUCUCGCACGUCAACAACCUUUUCCACUGUGAAAAAUGCAACCGCACAUUUAAAUUAUAUUACCACUUUAAGGAACAUAUGAAAACACACUCCACUGAAAGUUACAAGUGUGACCUAUGCAACAAAAGGUACUUGCGGGAGAGUGCAUUGAAGCAGCACCUUACUUGCUACCACAUAGAGGAAAGUGGAGCCAACAAGAAACAAAGACCUGGCAAAAAAAUACAUGUCUGCCAAUACUGUGACAAACAGUUCGACCACUUUGGACAUUUUAAAGAACACCUUCGAAAACACACAGGUGAAAAACCAUUUGAGUGCUCAAACUGCCACGAACGCUUUGCUCGGAACAGCACACUCAAAUGUCACUUGACAGCGUGUCAGUCUGGUGCUGGUGCUAAAAAGGGACGGAAAAAACUUUAUGAAUGUCAGGUCUGUAACAGUGUAUUUAACAGCUGGGAUCAAUUCAAGGACCAUUUGGUAAUACACACAGGCGACAAGCCCAACCACUGUACCUUGUGCGAUGUGUGGUUUAUGCAAGGCAGUGAACUGCGGAGGCACUUGCAAGAAAUGCACAACAUUUCUGAACGAAUAGUAACGGAGGACAUCCUUCCUGUGGACAGUGAUCCAGUAGCGUCCAUGACUAUCAUAGAGCAGGUGGAACAAGUACAUGUGUUGCCUGUAAUUCAGGUCCAGGUGGAUCCUGCACAAGUGACUGUUGAGCAGGUGCAUCCAGAUUUGAUACCAAAUAAUCAAGUAAAAAAUGAGCAAAUAGCAGAGCUCCCAGAGCAGGUAGAGAUUAGCUACUUAGAAGUAGAGCACAUUCAGACUGAGCAAAGCACAGAAGUGCAUAUGGAGGAGAUAGAUGUGGAACAUGUAAACCAGUUGCAUAUGGAAGAGGUUCAGGCACAGCUUAUAGAAGAAACUGUCCUGGAGCAAGUAGAAUCAGGACAUGUGGAUCAAGGAGAACUAGAAGCCAACGCGUCCACUCAGCUGGAUGAGGCAGAGGCACAUGCAACAGAUUGUGGGGAAUCUGAUGUAUUGAAAACUCAGACAAUAUUGGAUAUGCAAGAAGAAAAAGUGGAGACCUAGGAAAUACUGACUUCAUUAUCUGUGAUUUGGGGAAAGAAAGAAAAGAAAACCAAAUUAUUUUUGUUAACAUUCUUAUUUGACUUUUGCACCCCACCAAUGGAUGGCUUUCUUGGUUUGAUAGCCUUGGGUAACUGGACGGAUGGACCAAAGUGGGAAUAUUUGAUUAAACUGUCCUUGUACUUCUGGAAAGGAAACCCCCUUUUUGUUUAACUGAAUGAAGUCUGUUCUGAAGACAGACAGCUUUGUGUGAAGUUUAACCAUAGAGUUUUUCUAGACUGUGCCACUAGGCUAUACUGUUUGUCAUUGUGAGAAACUUUUAAAACAAGUUCUGUUUUCUGUUCGAAUAUGAGUUCAGUGUUUAAAAAUGGCAACGUUCCAGCAAGAUAAUGGAUUCUCUAAGAGCAGUUGGGUGAUUUACUUAGAAGCCACAGGUAAUUCCCCUUUGUUUUCCUAUUUUGCAGUAGUUGCUGUCUUUCUUCUAUUUAUGUUGUUUAACCACUGUCCUCCAAGCCCAGAAACUCACUGGGAUGCAGGUAAGCUGUGCUAUGUUUUCUUUCAGCAAGCAAACAAAAAAGAGGAUCCCUUGUGCCUUCACACAGCUGAAGUAAUUAAACUUCCACAAAGCUUUUAAGAUAUUUAUGGAGCUAAUGCAGAAGAGACUGUGUAGAUAUUGCUGUAUAGUGCUUGGCAAUUUUGCUUCCAGUUGUUAGCAACCAUGUUGUUUUGUUUUGUUUUCCAUUAAAUGUAGAUGGGGGAAAGGAAGUAGACUCAACACUGGCAGUUUUUUCAAAAGGGCCAAUUACAAUAGGAAAAUUUCAGCUGAUCUAUAACAGGAUAUGAGUUGGCUGAAAGGUUGCACUGGCGUCUUAUCACCAGAUUUUUAUUUUUUAGAAAAAAAGGUACAUUUUAUAUUUUAAAAAAUGCAUUAAAAUACAAAGUAAAUGUGUCUACUCAAUGCAUCAGGCUACUGUUUUAUUAUUUAAACUUUUUGACCUUUGCAGAAAGAUCUUAUGUUUAAAAGAUGGGAAAAAAAUCAAAAGCCAUAGGUAUGAGUGUUUGAACUGUGGAUUUAUAAAAGUAGGAGUGUAAAUAUUUGAAUCAGUAUUAUUGGACAAUAAAACAGUACCAACCGCAA